AUGCCCACGUUUUCUAAAAUUCGCCAAAUUUUACCAAAGGUCCGCUCAGGAUUUCGGGCCGACGCAUGCUGCGUACUUGUUGGGCUUUUUCUAUCGUUUAUUGGCAAUUUUCAUUACGGCUACUCCACGACGUUCCUAAACACGCCUGUCGACGAAUUUAAAGAUUUCUUGAACAAGUCGCUUUCUCAUGGCGCAAACCAUCCGAGCGCCGGCACGAUAGAUGUGUGGUGGAAUCUUGUGCUGAACAUCCCAUUUGCUGGGUUCUUUUUUGGGCUCUUCCUGAACCCGCUGCUCAACGAUAAGUUUGGGAGGAAAGUCGGAUUCCUGACUGGCAGCCUGGGCUCGCUAAUUUCGGCCAUUCUCCGCUUCACCUCGAUUUGGUGGGAGCACAUCGGUCUGCUCGUCUUUGCCCGGAUCCUGACAUCGCUGUGCACAGCGGCCACAUACUCGUCGCUUCUCCUGUAUCUGCAGGAAUGUGCCCCAACCCAUUUGCGCGGUACGCUGACUUUCCUCUCGGAGGUGGUGUUCGCCUCGAUGUGUCUGCUCGGCAUGCUGCUGGGCACUGAUCAGCUGCUCGGAAAAAAUCUACUCGCCCUGACGGCUGUGCCAAUCGCUCCUUGCCUCUUUUUCCUCGUCGCGCUGUUUUUCUUCCCGGAAACGCCGAAAUUUCUGUUUCUCGUGAAGAAUGAUCGGGUAAAAGCGGCUCGCUCGAUUCGAUUCUACCACGGGCAGAAGGCCGAUGUGGAUACCAUAUUGGAGGAAAUGGCACAGGAGGCCGAAUCGAAGGAGUUGCCAUCGUUUCUGAAAACCUGCCGAAUUGUGCUGCGAACGGAUCAUACGAGAAAUGCCUUCAUAUUGAGCGUCGUUUGUUUACAGAACUGCGUCGGGAUGUGGUCACUUCUGCUCUCCUCGACUUACUUUUUGGAGCAAAGCGAUGUGCCGAGCACGGUAGCCGAAUGGGGCUCGAAUGCAAUGAUGGCGGCUUACAUUGCCGGUACGAUUGGCGGAGCGGUACUUAUUGAUGUGUACGGUCGCCGUCCCCUUUUAAUAACCUUCACAAUUAUCAACGUCGGCUCCCUGGCGUCAUUAGUGAUCUUUGACCAAUUGCAUCACCUUGCCGACUGGGUCAAAUGGGGAUGCCUGCCGGCAUUGAUCGUCUACGGGAUUUCCUAUGGCCUCGCCGUCGGACCCAUCUCGUGGUUUAUCUGCAAUGAGCUGACGCCGAUGCAAUUCCGCUCUUGCGUCCAGUCGCUCAGCUACGCGGUGAACACGCUGAUCGUCGUCGGCCUCUCGUUUGCCGUAUUGCCACUAUAUGAUGCGAUCGGCUCCUGGGCUUUCUUGCCGCUUUAUCCGUUAUACCGCGACGUUCGCGCCUCGAGCUGGAGCACGGCGAAUGUAAUCUCCAACAUUUGCGCCUUUCUGAAGAUUGGACUACCCUUCGUCUUUUUGCUGUUUACACCGGGACUCUGGAAAAAGACGGAUUACAUCUGGGAGAAGCCUAGGCUCAGCUACCUGGGUGACUAUUUGCUAGUCCUCAAAUCGGAUAUGGAUUACCGCUACUCCUCGGCUUUUCCGCAGCUGAACCGUGCCGAUUUGGAUCAUUUGAUG